AUGAGUGAUCAGCGGGUGGACAGGUUGGCUGAAAAGGUUGAUCAACUUUCAUCACAGGUGGCUGAUUUGGCGGGUGCAGUCCAAGCCCUUUCUUUGGCUGUUGCUACACAGGUCCAAGGCCAAUCUGUGAUUUCAGGUCCACCCUGCACAUCCUAUCAAGUGGUGUCCUCUGCUGCCUCUGCUGCGUCUGAACCAGUUCAGACCUCAGAGCGAUCCUUUUCCAGCAACGGCGAAUACAACAGCUUGGCCGCUGAGAUCCCUUCAGUGCCUGAUUUUUGUGUAUCUCUUUGUGGUUCCCUUCGAGGAGGUUCACUUUCCUUUAGAGAGAGAGCAGCACGAGCUUGGGAGUCUGGCUGGUGGGCGAGGUUCACGUUGGCAGGAAGGAUUUCAAAGCCAAGGCCUUCGAAGGCUUGCGACGUGCGCAACACCAUCUACGUGGUCCUCAAGGCAGAAGGAUAUACCUGUCCUCUCUACGUGUCAAGUGGCGCGCAGUACAGGACAAUUGUGGGGGACUUCACAGGCAAAAGUCUACGCCUUGGGCGCAGGAGUCACCUUGCCGAGCGCACCUUUGCAAUGGAGCUCUCCGGCGUGAAUGCAAUUCAAGAAGGGUUUCAAGAAGUCUAUCAGCUAGCGUGGCCAGUGGAAGCUGGGGGGGAGGAUGCCCACUUCAGCCUAUGCAUGGUGAUUAUGAAGAGAGAGGGCGGUGUUUUGCUGGCGGUUCCUUCAGGUUUCAUCCCUCCAGAGGCUUUGCAGCUUGCCUCAAGUCACGAUGGAGGAGCACUUGUGGGUCCCCAUACAGUUUUAUCUGUGCCAGGAGUCUUGCUGGAUGGAGACGUGUCCCACACUACUGGAGAGGACCUAGAUGUUCAAGUGGUGGACGCAAGUUUGGCUAUUUUGGACGGCCUCUCUCACAUGCCAGAUGGAGGGGUCGAGGAGGAUGCGGCAAUCAUUGCUUUUUCUACGGAGUUUCAAGUUGUGCCAGACCCAGCCACGCUCCUGAGGUUUGCAAAGGAGUGGCUGGCAGUUGCAGGGCCAGGCAGGUCAGUGUUUUACUCUGCGGUAGAGGAGCUCGAGCAGGCAGAUCCUCUCAAUGCGGCUGCGAAGGAGGGCAAGGCCAAGGCCCCAAAGGCAAAGGCAGCAGAAAAGGCAAAAAGGGCGUCAGCUCAACAGGUUGCGGAGCAGAUCCAACACUUGUCCAAGAUGAUGCCCAUCAUCACGACCGCUUUGAGUUCAAUUCAAGAGGAGCAGAAGCGGCUUCAACAGGUUGUGGAGGGCGCAGCAAUGUCUCCCCCCCCUCGGCCUACGCAAGUGCCGGUCUCGAUGAGCAUGCAGCAGUUUGCCAAGUUGAUGGGGCCGCCUCCGAAAGUGAGAGGGACUGCCCUGGCCUCUCCGCCUCCAAAGAAGGCACAGAUGCCAGCUGCAUCGGUGAACCUAGAUGUGGCGGGACAGGAAGAAGGUCAGCAGGUGGAGGAGGAAGAGGCUCUGGGGAGAGGAGUGUCUUCCACUACAAAGGGGGCUCAAGGCAGAGAGAAGCUUCAGCAGGAGCUAGCAGCGCGCAGUGGAGGUUUUUGUCUCGCUGUUGCCCAGAAUGCGUUCAAGCGGCUGAGACCGGCAUCCAAAGUUCCCAGCACCCUGGAAGAGAUCUCCGCAACAGAUUUUUCAAUGCUGACCUACCUGGAGCGUUUUGGAGGUUACGGGAAUUCCAGAGAUCUGGGAUUGAUGCAGUAUGCCCUCAGCUUUGUUUUGGACUGUGCCAUCAGAGGAGAUCUAGAAGGGGUCCGAGAGCAUGCGGCUCUGAUGGCAGUGGGCCUGGAACAAGCAGCACAAGAUCAGGGACGGUGGGACUUAGGCUUCCAACUCAUGUUGCUGGAGGAUCCACCGACGCAGAUGUGGUCAUACAGAGGGGGGGCUUCUCAACUCGGAAGGGUGAGGGCCUUCUCACCCUUGUGCCCUCAGAAGUGGGCGACCAUUGCCCUUGCCUAUGCGAAAGAAAUCGAUUUUAUACAGGCAAGGUUCUGCUCCCUCACCGAGCUCUUCAUCAUCAGAGCGGCCCUCUGGGCCCGCUACUUUCGGGAAUUCAGCAGCUGCAUCAAUCCCACAAAGACAGGAGUGCAGCAGUAUCCGAUGCAAGAGCAAUUUGCCCCUUGGAGGCAGUGUAUCCUCAUGUGCAGAGGCUCUCGUGAUGAAGCCUCAACCGCCUUGUUUCCUUUGCCCUUCCCUCUUGGUGACGUGUGGUGCAGAGGCCCAGAACAUCUAGGAGUCAACCAGCGGAGCAGAUUGGCGGUGCGGAGGUCAUUGUAUCUGGCCAUUGCGGCCUUGAACUUCGUGCACUUUCAAUGCCCCUUGAAGGUGAUCCCUGGUCUCUGGAGGUGUCCAGGUCCCUUGCAUGCGGCAGUGCAUGCCAGGUUGAUCGCGCUGAUCAAGGCGAGUGGUCCUGCUGGGAAGUUUUCUUUUCUCAGUUGUGGUCGCAAAGCUCACCAAUUAGAUGCAAGGUUGAAGGAGCUUCAUGAGGCCUUACAAAGUUUGGGCUUUGAUGAGGGCUCUUUUUACAAAAAGCAACAUGAAGGAGCUGAGGUGAAGCCCAGGAAUGACAAAGAGGAGCUGAGACCGUAUAGGCCAUUGGAUGCGUCGCGUUUGAAGUUGUCAGGUAAGGGCAGCUGGGACUGCCGUGAGCACCUUUCAGACUUGCUGUAUAUGCCAUUUGUCGAACCUCGGUCAAACCAAUAUGAUGUGGUUCCUCCAGCAGCAGUUUUGCCAGACAUGAGCAAGGUGACGGCUGAGGAGACAUUGAGGCUUUGCAAAGUUUGGGAUGCGCAGGGUUUGCUGACAAAUGUUGUGCUGCCUCACCUCGCAUUGGAAGAUUUGAAGGGCACUCGGGCAUUUGCAGUUUAUGAUGAGCAGUUUUUGCGUGAGAAGAGAGUCAAGCGGCGAGAAGAGGUUGGUGACUUCCUGCACAAGCCUGCUCCGCUUCUGGUCCCCCAUCAGGAUGAUACGGUCGUUUGUGCAUUUGCGGCGCUGUUUCAAGGUGAUCACUUAGGGGUUGAGUUUGCCACAGAAGCUCACUCAAGGAUGCUACAGAGCUAUGGACUGCUCGAUGAGGACAGCCGCCUUCAAAGCUCAAAGCCGCUUCUUUGGGAUCAGUGCGUGUCAGGGCUUGUGAUUGAUGAUUUCUUUGUGGUUUCAAAGGAGCAGAUCAAUCCAGGAGGUUCCUAUCUUGAGUCGCGAUCUGUUGAACAUUUCAGGGUUGCAAAAGCAGCGUAUCAGCAGGAAGGGUUGCAAGGGUCUGACGACAAGGAUGUCAUCGGGCAGACACAGUUCACGGUUUGUGGUGGUGAGGUCUGUAGCAAUGAGGCGACUGUCCGAAGAGGGGCGGUCACUAUUGCAGCUCCCUUUGAAAAGAGGAUGGCCCUAGCAAUGAUGACAGCCUCAGCCUCCGCGCUUCCUGCGACUUCAGAUGCGCUGCUAUCAUGCCUUGUUGGUUCAUGGAUAUCAGUUGCUCUUUUGAGACGGCCUUCUAUGUCCAUUUUGGAUGAGGUGUUCAAGGUUAUCCCACCUGGCCAGCUUGAUCCUCAGUGUCCAGUGGUACGGUUUUUCCCUCGUGCGGCAGCCUCAGAGCUUCAGCAACUUGCAUGCCUAGCCCCGGUGCUGUGCAGCAAUCUUGCAGUACCAUUUGCCACAGACGUUUUCGCAACAGAUGCGUCAUUAGCAAAAGGUGGAAUUGUGAAGAGUGAAGUGACUUCAGAGGAGGCAGCUAUCCUCUGGAGGACCGCAGUGAAAGCAAAAGCAUCAGCGCCUGUGCUCUCAAGAACCCAAGCGAUGCUCUCCCUUUAUGACCCGAUGUUUGAAGAGAAUGCAGAGGGGAGGGCCGGUCCGUAUGAGGGCUUGAAGCUUCUGGAGGAUGAUUUUGAUGAGAAUGAUGGAUGUGCUGCCCAGACCGCUGUCCCUAGACCCAUUGGGCUGCGUUAUGAGUUUAUUGAGAUAUGUGGUGGUGCUGCAGUUGUCACGAAGGAGAUGAUCAAGCUUGGGGUCGUUUGCGGCCCGGUGAUUGAUGUUUCCAUUUCAAGGCAGUUUGAUUUGAGAUCUUACCAAAAUCCCAGAGGUUUCGAUCAAGAGAACCCCAAGGUGAAGGUUGGAAAUCAACUUGCGUUUGCUUCCUUGGCAUUGAUGAUGGUUGCUUUGAGGAUGGAGAAAUGUGGACUGCUUGAACAGCCCAGGAGGAGCAAGAUGCGUUGGCUGAAGGAGUGGAAGAGGCUCUUAGAGCUUGGAGCGUGUGAGACCUACACAGCCUCCUGCAUGUUUGGAUCCAUUCAUCAGAAGGAGUUUGCUCUGCUUGGGGUGAAUAUGCAUGUGGGGCUGCUGAAGAGGAAAUGCAGCCGUGAUCACGGGCACGUGGUGAUCCAAGGGCAGUACACCAAAGCUUCUGCCACUUAUUGCCCAGGUCUUGCCCUGGCAUUUGCCGUCUUUUUCAAGGACCACAUUCGAGCAAUCGAAAGGGCGAGCAAGAGGCUGAGUGUUCCUGCAGCGGGGCUUGAGGAUGUGCUGAGCAAUGAUGUCUGCAUCAGCCUCCCUUGGAGCAAUUAUGCAGCCUGGUGUUGGCAGGGCUCCUCGCAUAUCAAUGUUUUGGAGCUAGCUGCAGUUGUGAAGCUCUUGAGAGAUCUAGCAAGAGAUGGAGGAGACAGGAGGCAGGUUGUUUUUGUGGACUCUCAGGUAGUGCUGUGCGUUUUGGCGAGAGGCAGAUCCUCAGCGGCAUCCUUGCGAGGUCUUUUGAAAAAGGCCUGUGCUUUAUCCAUUGCUUUUGGGAUCUAUCUGGCACCCAGAUAUGUGCCAACUCGGCUGAAUCCUGCUGACUGCCCCACCAGAGACACGGACUUGCCAGAGCCAGGAAGGUCAAUUUUAGGUGGACUUCAUGACCCCCAGGCAUCCUUCCGCCUUGCUUCCAUCAGCUCUCUUAGACGCUGGAUCUCAAAUUGUGCUCGUCUCUUUCUUUUGUUGACUCCUGCAUUUAUCCUCUUUCCCUGCUCCUCCAGGCGGCACAGCCCAGAGCCCAUCAAUCUGCAUGAAUGGACUUUGGACUUUGAUUCAACCCUUGGAUUUCCGGGUGAGGGACCACAGGGGCUUUGGUUUUGGGUUCUCCUGGCUUCUACCAUUUGUGACCAUGCCAUAGGUGUAGGAGUAGGUGAUGCGAGCCAUGCUGAUGCGGUGCGGCGCGAGAAGCGUGCUGGCAUAGUCUUGGAAGAUGGCAGACGUGUGACCGAAGCCACUGCGAAUGUGAGGGAUGUCCUUUUUGAGCGUUUUGAGGGGUGGCUACAGACUGAAGGCAUGGCUUUGCAGGAUGUGCUGUUUGCUCAACCCCCUGACCUUGACCUUCUCAACAGAGUACUGGUAAGGAUUGGGGAAGUACUGGACGCUUUUCGUGCUGACCUGAUCCUUCCAUCUGACAUUGACUAUACCAACAGUUUUGGGUUGCUCAGAAUCAAGGAGCCAAAAGCGCAGUUUCGGACUGCCAAGCAUCAGUCAGGGCGCCUUGAUCAGCCGGACUUGCUGGAGGUGAAUCCUUACGAGCUCCUUGGCAUUAGCAAAGGUGCCACUGCGAGCGAGGCGCGCGCAGCUUACAGAAGUGCGAGCCUCCAGUGGCAUCCGGACCGCAAUCCAGGGUGCGGAAAGGAAUGCGAAGAUAAGAUGUCAGAGAUCACGAAGGCUUACGAGCUCAUCAAGAAGCGACAAGCACCACCGCCCCCGGAUCGCAGCUGGGAAGGUUGGAUGCAGGUGGGAAUCUGA